AUGGAAGCCGACACUGGAACUGGAGAUCAAAUUACAGUAGAUCAGAUUAUACAGGAUGCUUUUUCUAGGAAAAAGCAAAUAAAACCUUUAACUAAGGUUGACAUUUUGGAUCUGGAUGAGCUAAGAGAAUUUCAAGGUAGGAAGCGUAAAGAGUUUGAAUCAUAUUUGAAGAGAAAUAGACUUGAUCUGAGACAAUGGAUACGAUAUGCUAUAUUUGAGAUUGAACAACAUGAUAUGAGACGAGCGAGGUCAGUUUUUGAAAGGGCGUUGCUGGUGGACAGCACCUUCAUUCCGUUGUGGAUUCGCUACAUAGAUUCAGAAAUCAAAGCUAAAUGUAUCAAUCACGCAAGAAACUUGUUAGAUAGGGCAGUGACUACUUUACCAAGAGUGGAUAAGCUAUGGUACAAGUAUCUAAUUCUCGAGGAAUCGUUAGGAAAUAAUGAUAUUGUACGGUCCUUAUUUGCCAAAUGGUGCUCUUUAGAGCCAGGAUCAGGUGCUUGGGACUCAUUUAUCGAAUUCGAAAUACGACAAGAGAUGUGGGAGAAUGUCAGAGACGUUUAUUCACGUUAUGUCAGGGCGCAUCCUUUUGCCAAGGUAUGGUCAAAAUGGAUACAAUUUGAGAAAACCAAUGGUAAUACAGAUACAGUAAGAAAAGUUUACUCUUUGGCAUUGGAUACGUUGGUGUCGUACGAAUCUGUUUUGGGAAAAACAGCAGAUACUUAUACUGAUGAUUUAAUAACGCUAAUUCUAUCAUAUGCUGAUUGGGAGGCUGCAAAUCAGGAAUAUGAGAGAUGUAGCGUUCUAUUCAAAAUUUCGUUGGAAAAAUGGCCUAACAAUGCGUUACUUAUGGACGGUUCUAUGAAUUUUGAGAAAAAGUUUGGUAAAGCCUCGACAAUAAAUGAGGCAAUUGUACAUGGAAGAAAACGAAAAUAUGAAGAAUCUCUUAUGACAGAACCCAGAAAUUUUGAACUAUGGAUGCUCUAUAUUGAUUUAAUUGAGAAAUAUUUUCCAGACCAAAUGGUAGACGUUUUUGAAAGAGCCAUAACUACCGCUAGGCCGACAGAUCAGAAGGUGAAAAGUUUUGAGUGGAGAAAGUAUAUCUACGUUUGCAUUCGAUAUUUGACAUACAUGGAACUAGAAUUGAACGAAGUAAAUAAAUGUAGGGAGUUUUAUCAAAGGCUCGUCAACGAAAUCAUACCACACAAAUAUUUUACCUUUUCAAAAAUUUGGAUUAUGUAUGGCAAAUUUGAAGUAAGGCAUGGUGAUAUUAGUAGUGUAAGAAGGAUCCUUGGCAGGGCUAUAGGUAUGUGCCCCAAAAAUAAAAUUUUCAAGGGAUAUAUCGAAUUAGAGAUCAAGCUAAAGGAGUUUGAUAGGGUAAGAACGCUUUUUGAGAAGUAUCUAGUAUUUAACCCCUCCAACUCAAAGGUAUGGAUAGAUUAUGCAGAAUUGGAAGAAAAUUUGGAUGAUGAGGAAAGAGCCAGAAUGAUAUAUGACCUCUCCUUGAGAGAUUAUAGUGUGAGUUUGUCAAAAGAAUCCAAAGUUCAGAUAAUAGAACGAUUUAUUAAUUUUGAAACAGAUGCAGGUGGAUACGACAAUGCUAGAAAACUGUACAGGCAAUUUUUGGAUUUAACGGGAUACUCUGCCAAGGUGUGGAUUUCAUAUGCCAUGUACGAAUAUUCAACGCCAACAAAUGCACAGUCUGCUAAAAUGCAAGAAGCGACGGCUGACCUAGAAGAUUUGGAUGAGAUUGAAUUUGAGCCUACGAUAGAGAACUUAAGAGCCGCUAGAAAAAUAUAUGAGGAAGCUUUGGUGUAUUAUAAGAGACUCGAUGAUAAGAAGAACAGAAUGUUAAUAUUUGAAGCAUAUCAGCAAUUUGAAAAUAAUUUCGGAUCAACUGAAGAUCAAGAGGGGGUCAAGGCGAGGAUGCCGACUAGGAUUAGUAAGAUUAUUCAAGAACAGGGUGUUGAACGUGAAUAUAUCGAUUAUAUUUUUCCAGAUGACACCAAACCGUCGAUUUCAAGUACCUCAAAGCUUCUGCAGUUGGCAAAAAAAUGGAAAAAAGAUCAAGAGAAUUGA